UUGCUGAGCAGAGCUUCCCCCCCACACACAGAGCUUGGUACAGCCCAGAGUUGUCAAGUUCGCAGCAGCAGUCUCUGCCUCAACUGGGAAAGUUUCCUGUGACUCUGCCAACCGUCCGGACCAGAGGUUUCCUAAACCAGCUGGAAAUCGAAAUCAUGCUUGCUAUGGUAAAACCUUUUAAAGGCCAGAAGUACCAUGAGCUGAAGCAGGCGUGCCUCCGAGAGCACCGGCUCUUUGAGGACCCCGAGUUCCUUGCUGGGAACGAGUCCCUCUUCUUCAGCCGCCGCCUGCCAGGCCCAGUGGAAUGGAAGCGGCCCAAGGACAUCUGCGACAACCCACACCUGUUUGUGGGUGGAAUCAGCUCCCACGACUUACACCAGGGAAAGCUGGGAAACUGCUGGUUCGUAGCAGCCUGUUCUUGUCUGGCCCUCCAGGAAUGUCUCUGGAAAAAGGUGAUCCCCAAGGCAAAGGAGCAGGACUGGGACUGCCGAAGGCCUGAGAAACAUGCCGGAAUAUUCCACUUCCGCUUCUGGAGUUUUGGUGACUGGACUGACGUGGUGAUUGACGACCGGCUGCCCACCAUCAAUGGGGAACUGAUAUUCUGCCACUCUAAUGUGCCCAAUGAAUUCUGGAGUGCCCUGCUGGAGAAGGCCUAUGCAAAGCUAGUUGGCUGUUACGAGGCUCUCGACGGCGGGAAUACCGCAGAUGCCAUGACGGACUUCACUGGGGCUGUGUCUGAAUCCAUCGACCUGAGGAAAGGCAAUUAUGGCAAGUUCCUCCUGGAGCAGACCAAGCUCUUUGAGGAUCUGCUCAAGGCCCACGACAGAGGAGGCCUCAUCAGCUGCUCCAUCCUGCCUGACAUGGCCAAUGAGCGUCAAGGGACCACUGAGCAGGGUCUAGUGAGGGGCCAUGCCUACUCAGUGACUGACAUCCGCAAGCUGCGCCUUGGAGGACGACUCCUGGCUUUCUUCAAGGCGGAAAAGCUCUUCAUGAUCCGGAUGAGGAACCCAUGGGGAAAGCGAGAAUGGAAUGGGCCCUGGAGUGACAGCUCUGACGAGUGGCACAGAGUGAGCGAGGUGGAGAAGAAGAACAUGGGACUCAGUGUGACGGAUGACGGAGAGUUCUGGAUGGCCUUUGAUGACUGGUGUAACAACUUUACUGAUGUGGACAUCUGCCGCAACCUGAACACCUCCAUCUUCAGCAUCCACAAGACCUGGGAGAAGGCCACAGUGCGUGGAGCUUGGCUCCAUGAUGAGGACCCUCUGAUCAAUCGGGCUGGAGGCUGCUUCAACAACCGUGCGACCUUCUUACAGAACCCCCAGUAUGUCUUCAACAUCAAUAAGGAAGAGGACAAAGUCCUCAUUUCCCUGCAGCAGCGUGAUCGGCGCCCUUACCGCAAGGAUGGGAGGGGAGAAAACUACAUCAUUGGCUUUGAGAUCUUCCGGGUGGAGUUGAAUCGCGAAUACCGCCUCCAUCGGCUGCAGGUCCAGGAGAGGGUGGUGGGCUCCACCUACAUUGACUCCCGCACGGUGUUUCUGAGAACCAUCCUGAAGAAGGGCCGCUAUGUCAUCAUCCCCACCCUGUUCCAGCCUGGUGACAUCAGCGAAUUCAUCCUAAAGCUGUUCACUGACGUUCCCUCGGAGCUCAGGGAACUGACGCUGGACAAGCCCGAGCCCUGGUGUGGGAGCUUCCUGUGCGGCUAUCCCCAGCGAGUCACCCAGCUGAGCGUUCACAGCGUGGAGGGCCUCGACAGACAGAACGGCUCCAGAAGUGCCAACCCCUACCUCAUCAUCAAGUGUGGGAGGGAAAGUGUCCGCUCCCCUGUACAGAAAGAAACCUUCGAUGCUGUUUUUGACACCCAGGCUAUAUUCUACCGCAAGAAUCUCAAGGAUCCCAUUGUGGUACAGGUCUGGAACAAAAAGCUUCUGUGUGACCAGUUCCUGGGACAAGUGACCCUGGUAGGUGAGCCAGGUGACUCUCGGGAGCUGAGGACCCUCCAGCUUCGGGAUAAAGGUGCUCCAGACGCCCCACCUGUGACCGGGCACCUCAGCCUCAAGGUGGUAUCCACCGACAACCUCAUGGAGCUCUGAAAGCCUGGCCCCGGCCUCCCUCUGGCACUCUCCCUGGCCGAGCCCUCUGUUUUCUUUUUUGAGGGCCAG